AUGACAGGCCAGAGCUACAGUGUCUACAAUGCUGUCUAUGCCGUGGCACAUGCAUUGCAAGCCAUGCUUUCAUCCAAAUUGAAACACAGAGGAAUGGCAGAUGGAGGGAAAAGAAUGCUUCUUGAUUUACAGUUGUGGCAGCUCCACCACAUUCUGAGGACCGUCUCAUUUAACAACAGUGCUGGUGAAAAGAUAUCCUUUGAUCAGAAUGGACAAAUAGAAGCUAGUUUUGACAUUAUCCACUGGGUCACAUUCCCGAACCAGUCAUUUCUUCAUGUCAAAGUCGGCAAACUAGACCCCAAGGCUCCUCGAGAUAUACUGUUAACAAUUUCUGCAGACACUGAUGAAUGCUUUGAAUGCCCUCGAAAUCAGUAUCCAAACAAUGACAAAGAUGGAUGUCUUCCCAAAGAAAUCACCUUCUUGUCCUUUGGAGAGCCCCUAGGGAUCAUUUUGACUGUGUUUGCUCUCAAGUUUUCUCUCAUCACAGUCUUCAUUCUGGGCAUCUUCAUGAAGUACAGGGACACUCCCAUUGUCAAAGCAAACAAUAAGAACCUCACCUACAUUCUCCUGGCCUCCCUCCUGCUUUCCUUCCUUUGUGCUUUGCUAUUCAUUGACCAACCUAGAAAGGCGACAUGCCUCCUUCAACAAACUGCUUUUGGUGUGAUUUUCUCAGUGGCACUUUCCUCCAUUUUGGCCAAAACCAUCACUGUCAUUCUGGCUUUCGUAGCCACCAAGCCAGGGUCCAGGGUAAGGCAGUGGAUGGGGAAGAGAUUGGCAUAUUCCAUAGUUCUUUCUUGCUCUCUUACCCAAGCAGCUGUUAGCAUUGCAUGGUUGGCAAUCUCUCCUCCAUUCCCAGACCUUGACAUGUACUCAGUGAGCAAAAAAAUUGUACUCAAAUGCAACGAAGGCUCAGGCAGUAUGCUUUAUGCUCUCUUGGGUUUCCUGUGUUUCCUAGCUCUUGUCAGCCUCACUUUGGCUUUCUUAGCCAGGAAGUUACCUGACAGUUUUAAUGAAGCCAAGUUUAUCACCUUCAGCAUGUUGGUCUUUUGCAGUGUUUGGCUGUGCUUCAUUCCAACAUAUUUGAGCACGAGGGGCAAAAGUAUGGUGGCUGUGGAGAUUUUCUCUAUCUUGGCUUCCAGUUUUGGUUUAUUGGGCUGUAUCUUUUCACCAAAAUGCUACAUUAUUUUGCUGAAGCCUGAGCUGAACAGCAAGGAGCAACUAAUAAAGAGAAGGAAUAAAGGAACUCACCUACCUUUCAAAUGCAGCUAAUGUGACCUGCCAUCCAUCCCACUGAGUAGGACUUUAAAUGCAAUUCAAAAAGGGGUACCUGAGACUUUCUUAAUAAA